AUGACGGAGCGUGUCCGAAGUGAUCAUGUCGCUGAGGCCGAGGUAAAGAGGAGGCCGCACUACGUGCCGUGGCUCGACUACGGAGAGAGCAAAGAGAAGAGCAAAGAGAAGAGCAAAGAGAAGAGCAAAGAGAAGAGCAAAGAGAAGAGCAAAGAGAAGAGCAAAGAGAAGAGCAAAGAGAAGAGCAAAGAGAAGAGCAAAGAGAAGAGCAAAGAGAAGAGCAAAGAGAAGAGCAAAGAGAAGAGCAAAGAGAAGAGCAAAGAGAAGAGCAAAGAGAAGAGCAAAGAGAAGAGCAAAGAGAAGAGCAAAGAGAAGAGCAAAGAGAAGAGCAAAGAGAAGAGCAAAGAGAAGAGCAAAGAGAAGAGGAAAGAGAAGAGGAAAGGGAAGAGGAAAGAGAAGAGGAAAGAGGAGAGGAAAGAGAAGAGGAAAGAGGAGAGGAAAGAGGAGAGGAAAGAGGAGAUGAAAGAGGAGAUGAAAGAGGAGAUGAAAGAGGAGAUGAAAGAGGAGAUGAAAGAGGAGAUGAAAGAGGAGAUGAAAGAGGAGAUGAAAGAGGAGAUGAAAGAGGAGAUGAAAGAGGAGAUGAAAGAGGAGAUGAAAGAGGAGAUGAAAGAGGAGAGGAAAGAGGAGAGGAAAGAGGAGAGGAAAGAGGAGAUGAAAGAGGAGAGGAAAGAGGAGAGGAAAGAGGAGAGGAAAGAGGAGAGGAAAGAGGAGAGGAAAGAGGAGAGGAAAGAGGAGAGGAAAGAGGAGAGGAAAGAGGAGAGGAAAGAGGAGAGGAAAGAGGAGAGGAAAGAGGAGAGGAAAGAGGAGAGGAAAGAGGAGAGGAAAGAGGAGAGGAAAGAGGAGAGGAAAGAGGAGAGGAAAGAGGAGAGGAAAGAGGAGAGGAAAAAGGAGAGGAAAAAGGAGAGGAAAAAGGAGAGGAAAAAGGAGAGGAAAAAGGAGAGGAAAAAGGAGAGGAAAAAGGAGAGGAAAGAGGAGAGGAAAGAGGAGAGGAAAGAGGAGAGGAAAAAGGAGAGGAAAAAGGAGAGGAAAAAGGAGAGGAAAAAGGAGAGGAAAAAGGAGAGGAAAAAGGAGAGGAAAAAGGAGAGGAAAAAGGAGAGGAAAAAGGAGAGGAAAAAGGAGAGGAAAAAGGAGAGGAAAAAGGAGAGGAAAAAGGAGAGGAAAAAGGAGAGGAAAAAGGAGAGGAAAAAGGAGAGGAAAAAGGAGAGGAAAAAGAAGAGGAAAAAGAAGAGGAAAAAGAAGAGGAAAAAGAAGAGGAAAAAGAAGAGGAAAAAGAAGAGGAAAAAGAAGAGGAAAAAGAAGAGGAAAAAGAAG